UCUGAGUUUUACAGUUGGCUGUGGGCACAAGGACUGGUUGUUGUGUUUUGUGUUUGAAUAUUUUGAAUUAUGUCAGUGAUUCCUAAUCGGCGCCGUUUCCUUCGUGAUUAGCGCGCUACCCCUUGUGUACGGGCACUGUUUUCUCAUCCUGUCAUUCGGGUAUUCAUCAGGAGGGAGAGAGAAAAAUGGCAGUUUAAAAGGACGUCAAAACCGUGAAAGUGAAACAGGUUAGGCGAAAUCGGCGUGUCAGAGUGAAACUUCGGAGGACAUUGUGACUGAAGGUUCUAAGGACAUCGUAGCUGAAACUUCGAAGGACAUUGUAGCUGAAAGUUCUUGGAAGGACAGUGUAGCUGAAGCGAAUUGGAAGGACAUUGCCAGUGAAACCUCGAAGGAUAUCGUAGCUGAAAGUAUCCUCGUGACGAACAUUUCGUUCCCUUGCAGGAACAAGUGAAGUUCCUGAAGAAGUUCCUCCCGAAACGUUGUUUUACGUCGGCCACGAAGGGCCGAGGCGUGGAGUAGUAGUUGUGUGUCAUGAGAGAUACGAAGGGAGAAAAGGGGCGCCGCGGAGAGGCAUUUUGAAGAUGGCGGGCGGCGUGUGAGGAGGAGGACAUGAUGCGGUGGAUGCUCGUGCCGUCCGUUACAGAACCUGCGAUUUCAAUUCAGUAGAGGAAAUAUGGCGUCCGGGAGAACCUCGUCUCACCCUACUUCUCGCCAUUGAAGACUAAACAUGCAUAAAUAGGCCGUGGCGAUGACCCUCGUGCUGUGUGGAGACGACCUAAGUGCGUAAUUAUGUGACGCUCGGGAUUUUAUUCGUACGCUUUCCUCGACGGACGUGGAGAAGAAAGAGAGAGACACGCACUGAACGACGGGAGGAAGAAGAGGAAUAGGAGAGAAAGAGAGAGAGAGAGAAGAGUUUGUUGUUGACAUUCUAAUGCUUCUUCUUGGAGGCUUUUGAGGAGGAAGGCUGAAUCAAGGCUUUAAGGCAGAAACCAUGUCUGGCACUAGGAAGAGGAAUACCAGUUCCCAGUAUUGCUGUAAAGAUGGGGAUAGCGAGGGAGACAGUGGGUUUGUGACUCCGGACAGUACUACCAAGGAAAGAGUAUCACGGUUUAUAGAAGGGGAAGAUGUUCUAUCACACGGCAAAGAUGGUCUCUUUUAUCUUGGCAUCAUUGUAGUGGUUGACCAUGAAAAUGAAAGGUGUUUGGUGCAGUUUGAGGAUAGCACAGCCCACUGGUCACUAUAUAAGGAUAUCACCAAGCUAAAACUGCCAGAAUCAGAUGACCUUUGUGUCAUCUGUAAGUCUUCCAAAAGCUGGGACACCAAUGAAAUUGUCCUUUGUUACAUAUGUGAACAAGGUUACCAUCAAGACUGCCUCCAGCCAAGGAUAGGCAAAGAGUACUGUGAACCAGAAAGCCAGUGGGAGUGCCCUAGGUGCGCAAAUCAUUCAGCCAUGGAGAAAGAAGAGAGAAAAAAGUCCCGGGAAAAUUCUCCCAGAAAGCCUCGAACGCGGCCUCAUCAACAACCUAAAUCUGAAGAGAAUGCCAAAGUUACGUUACCAUAUGAUUUAAAAAGUUUAACAUGGGAUCAAGGUCACAAAAGCAACAGAGAACAAACUUACUGCUACUGUGGUGGGCCAGGUGAAUGGUAUAACAGAAUGUUACAGUGUCAGAGAUGUAAACAAUGGUUCCAUGAAGCUUGUGUUGAGUGUCUACAUUUACCUCUGUUGUACGGCGAUAGGUUUUAUGUUUUUGUCUGUGCGUUGUGUAAUGAGGGAACCGAGUUCCUCCAUCGGUUGGAUGUUAAAUGGGUUGACAUUGUUCAUCUAUCAAUAUUUAAUUUAACGCUACAAGAUUCCAAAACUUAUUUUGAGUAUGAAGAUAGCAUAACAACAUGGAUAAACGACAAUUGGGAGUUUUUACAGGCACCUCUUGGGCUACAAAAACGGAAAGUCAGUGAAAGGAAGCACGAAGUAUUACGAGUUUUAGAAGGAAAUCGACCUAGGUUCAAAUCGGGUAGAGAAAUUAAGAAGAAAACAAGCAUUUGGGGUCUCCGUGCUCGGGUACCUCCACCAGUACCCUUGAUUACCUUACCAUCGGUGGGGCCAAUCACUGAAGAUUCGAUAAAACAUAUUGUUAUAAGAAACAAAAAAACAAGAAGUGCUGACAGUCCACCAAUCCCAAGAAGGUACAAGUUGACAGAGGAUAAGCAAGAUGAAGUUGAUGAAGCCUUAAAUAGAUUCAGUCCUGCAAAGAAACGGCCUCUCUCGCCCAACACUAUAGACCAAGAAGAAGAUAGUCCUAGAAGUAGCAUUGCAAGAAGAAAACGAAAACGAGAAUUGGACAUUUUGAUGGAAGAUAAAAAGGCAAAGAAGAUGAUAGAAGAAGUUGGGUCUGUAAAGGAAGGAAGCAUAAAUGGAUCUCAUUCAGCCAACAAAAGAAAGAGAGGCCGCCCACCUAAAGAUCAUCAGACUAUUAAAUCAGAUGAUCUUCGAGAUAUCAAGCAGAAAAGAGCUCAGCGGCUUCUGAAAGAAGCUUUAAAUCAGGGAAAAGGUGUUAGGCCUAUUACCAAAGCAGGUCUUGGCUCAUUUACUCCCAAUUCCAUCACGCCAGGUGACACAAGUGGUGAUGAAACUUCCAGUCAUGGAACACUCGAUUCUUUUAUACCUCCCCCAUCAGACUUUGAAGGCCGUAACAACCCAUUCCUUAAUCUGGAUUCUCUCAGUUACGGUAUGCCUGUAGUAAGACCUCUCAAACGAAAAUUGAAUGAAAGUGACAUUCGAAUUGGUAAAAAUGGUGAAGUGAAACGAAGACGUUUUCGUAAAAAGUCUGACAGAGCGAAAUUCCUAUUAUUAUUACAGAACGGUUCUCUAAAUGUAAAUGGUGUGAAUGGAAUAAGAUUAAAUGGGACAAACAGUAUAAAAAAUUGUGUAGACUAUGCUCUCAGUGGAAGACUUAAUUCUUGCUCCAAGAUGGAUGAGUGCAGCGAUGGAGGUGAAGAUUCAAGAGUAGGGGAAACUGGCUUUUCCUUUAGUGAUCUUAAGUCAACUGUUAAUAACUAUUUUGGAGCAGCAAAUCGAAUUGCCAAUGGUGAAAAGUUCCAUGUCUUGGCAAAGAGAGUAACUGUUGAAGAUAAAGUUCAAUACCUCAUAGAAUGGGAUAGUCCGAGUUCCUCAUAGGCCAGGUACCAAAUCGUCGUGUAUUUCAACCAACUGAAGAUCAGCAGCGUGUCAAUUUUCCUCCGAAAGGAUUUGUAACAAGUGGUGGAGUUAAGCAUGGUAAGGUAUGAACCGCAUAUCCAUUUUAACAAUGUGUUCAAUAUACACUGCCAGAAUGAACGAUAUAUGAUGUAUGUGAGGUUCAUGAUAUGCACUGCCUCAACUUUAAUUUAUGUGAUAUGGUUGCUAAGGGGAGGUGGAACUAAUUCUUUUUCAGAUUUCAAGUUCCUUUCAGAAAAAAAAAACAUGUUACAACACCUUCCAAUUAAGUAACUAGAGACAGUGUUAUGUGACGCGGUGGUAUUCUAACCCAAAGCAACCACAGAACAAAUUUUACUCUUGUUUAGUCAUGUAUAUAAGUUGUGUUUGUUUUAUGGUUAUAUUUAUCUGGUAAAAAAGGAAAACCUGAACUUGUGUUCUAGUAUGACUGAAAGUGUGCAUUCUAUCGUGAAAUGAAGGCUUUUACCAUCAGAAGUCAUUUUUCAGUAUCAAGAAGUUUGAAUACCAAUAUUCAGACUGAAGGAUGUAAGAUUGAGUGGCCGGUGUAUUGUUAUUUUUAGAACUUGCUUCAUCGUGAGACUGGCAAAGCUUACAUUUGUGUAAGAAGCCUCUCGUCUGUGUGUAUCACACAGACACAAUUAUGUAUCUUGUUGCCAAAGACUGCCGACUGUUUAUCAAAGUGAGCAGUAGGGAUGAAUCAAACAAAGCAAUGUUAUGUUUGUUGUUAAUGACAUUCCCAUUUUGAAUACAUAUUAUCAUGUUAAAUAUUGUAUGAGUUCAAAAUUAUAGCCAAAUGAAUGAAUGAAUAUGUGUCCUAAGUUUUGUUUGACAAAUCCUACUGCUUUCUUAGAAACUAUCACUGCCACUGUUCCAUCAUGCUCAACUUUUAAGGCGUUUCAAAGCAUUGCAAAAUAAGUAACAUUCCAGGAAUUGGAAAUGUAUCUUAUAGAAAUCUACAUUUACCAUUUACUGCCAAUGACCAUAGAUGCUAGAGUACCUUAUUUCUGUCCUUUUUGUAUACAUAAUGACAGUACAAAAUAUUAUCAAUCAUUCUUCCGCCGUAUGUACAGACUGAUAUUGAUAGAACAAUAUUGAGUUGUCUUGUGGCACUGAAGCAUAGCUGGUGUAUGUAGAAGAGUAGUUAAGAAUGUGUAUAACGUGUUAUUUCUCGGUUUCAGAUUAGAAAAUUUGUUAGUUUCAAAUCGGAUUGUAAGAAUACAGAUAUCUCUCUUGACGGUGCUUUAACAUCUGCUUUUGUUAGCCAGUAUUUGAAAAGCACUUGAUAUGGUAAUCCAUUUAAUGGAUUUUAUCAUUCUGGUGAUUUUCUUUUUUAUUUUCAUUAUCCUCCACCCAGCUUUGUUUGGAAAGGUAUCAUUUUUUUGCCAUAGGUAUGCUGUUAUUUUCCUCUGAUUUAAGUGGUCCGUCUUGUUAUUUCCGUACCAGUAGAAUGUUGAAUUUUCAAUUUGUUAAUUGUUAAUGGGAAAUGAUGCUCCACCUUGUAAUCAUUUUACUAAUGCCUACUCCAAAAUGGCUAUCUUCCAAUGUAAUUCCUGGUUUUUUCUACUGUUGUUCAUUAUUUAUGAAGUAUACCACAUUUUUUCUUUACUUUUCUUCUCUAUAGUUUCACCCAUGUAUAAACCUUGAAUUUUAAUUUAAGGAAAUCAUUGAAUAAUUGUGAAUCAAAAGGGUACCUUUUAAAUGUAUUCAGUGGAUUAGAAGGUUCAGUAUGUUGUUGCAUGAAAAACAGCGAAACUGAGUCAUACAUUUUAAGUACUGCACUGAAACUUGUUGGGUGCUGACAUAUUUUGAGUGUUUACAAGUAUAUCAACAUAUAAGAAGUUGCUAAAUUUUGUUAUUGAAAUUGUCUUUAAUUACAUCAGUAUUGCCAAGAUAGUUCAGGUAUCACAUUAAUAUGAAAAAGUUAUCUAGCCAAAUCUAGACACCUACAGUUUCUUUAAAUAUGCAUAUUCUUACUAAAGUACUUGAUAAUUCAUGCUGUUACAAACCAAAAAUGAUUUUGCAUAAUUCUUAAAGAAUUAAAAUGUGAAAAAGAGGGGUUACUACGUGGCUAUUAUAGAGGCAAUGUCGUUAUGUACCAUAUCAAAGUAAAUGAUUUGCUUAGACCGUUUGGUCCUUAUUGCCUGUUUUUAACUUUCGUCUUUCCCACCAUGUUUGUUCUCAUGUUUGUUUAAUUAGUAUGUCAUUGCCUUCUUACAGAUCCCUUUCUUCCGGAAACAGGGUUAUGACGAACAAAGUCAAGAAUGUGUUUAGGGAAUCAGUGGAAGAACAAAUUUUUAAUCUUUAAAUUGUUUUUGGCAUUUGGUUUUUUGUUUCAUGUUUAUAGAACUGUGUCACUUGUUUUGUAUAUGAUUCCUGACUUUGCUCUUUACUUAGUUCGUCCAGUAGUCUAGUCAUUUGUUUACAAGUCAACACAGGCAAUAGGCAUGGAGUGUACCCACCAAAGUUGUCUUGUCCUCUUGGUGUAAUUGGUAAUUUUGUUUGUGCUGAAUUUCAAUUCAACAAAAGAAAAGUAACCUUCACAGUAUUCAUUUUUGUACCGAGGAAUUUGUUUAUUAAUAUUAUUGUAGUUAUUGUGCACUUGGUAGACUUAAGCAAACACUGCCAUAUUUUUUUUUAUUUGUAUUUUCUUCAAUUUUAUUAUUACAUUGAACACCAUAGGCCAGGCCUGUGUGAGCUGAGAAUUUUAGCUCGUCUGGUUUAACUACCUUAUUCAGUAUACUGUAUUAAUAAUCAAUGCAUAUGGUUUGAAUGAAAUGGUUGUUACUUAGCAGGUUGCUAACCACCCCUGCUUCCACUAUUGAAGUGAGAACAAUGAAAAUAAUAACCAGCACUACAGAUAUGAGGUAUAUGGUUGGUGUGGAAGGGAAGUGUUAGGAAAGUGGAUAGUCUCCCAAUUUCUUACCCUAGUCUGACAGGGAGGCUCAGGUAUUUUACUGUUCACUAUUAAUUCAUUGAAAUUAAUAAAUUGAAUUAGGUUUUUUAUUUGGUACCUUGAAGUGGAGUACAGUACUAUAUUGAAGUGAAUGAGAAAUGGGUGAAAGGUUUACUCUUCCAGCUUGUGGUUAUGCAUCAUUGAUAGUACUGUAUCCCCUAAGCAAAUUGGUAGAAAUCACAGUAGUAAUUGUGAUUAUUAUAAUAAGUUUUUUUUUGGUUGCAAUCUUGUACCUUUUUCUUCUUUUUCAUGAAGUCUGUCUUGUUACACAGUUUGUUACUUCUGUUUCAGUUUGGGAUGUAUUAUGUUGUGUUUGUGAAAUUUGGAAGGCCAGUCUCUCCACCUGUAUCAACAUUUUACCAGUGAACAUAAAAUUUUUGUUUAAGCAACCAAAAGCUUUAUAUUUGUUGCAUAUUGGGUACUAAAUGAUGUUUAACCACAUUUUAUUUAUUUCUUUAUCAUCCACUGAAAGAUUGAAACUAGUUAUCCAGUAAAUUUAUAGUUCCAACCUAGGUUUGGUGUAGUUUACUCCUUACUUUCUGUGGGAUAUGCAAGGAGCUUAUAGCAAGCGAAAAGUUGAUAUUCUGUAACUUUUACAUGUGAAUAUCUGUUGUACACUUCGUCAAUGUUAUUUAACAUAAAUGUUCAUUAUGAUCUUAUGGUGCUCUACCUGGAGUUCCGUGAGCUACAGUUUACUAGACUGGCUCACACCAGAGUGGGUGAAUGUGUGCAUGUGUAUAAUCUUGUAUUGAAUCCAAGUAAUUUGGUAUUUACAUUCUUUUAGGAAUUGGAAAUUUUUCAGUUAAUUGAAAAGAAAUUUUGCAUGGAGAGUAAUUCUAAUAGUGGCUUAGUAGAAUUUAAAUUAGGGACAAAAAUUUAUUUUACUGUGGUUUUCCCAGGAUAACAUCACAAGGGCUUGCCCUUAGAUUACCUCAAUAACACAUUCCUCUUUCAAAGAGAUGCUGCCUUCUACUCACCACCCAUUGUAGUUUUUACCUCGAUAAUUGAUGACUCGUCUGUGUGGAAAUUGUUGUUUUUCACACUUGAGGCUGAGUUUCCUUAUUACAUUUGUGAUGACAAGAUGGUUAGAAAUGCAGUACACAAGUAUUUUUACUACUCCUAGUAGGGUUUCCCCCUAUCGUACAAAUUACCUCCCUUACAGAUUGGGAAAUUUUUGUCUUUUAGAUCUGUUAUAAGGAAAAUGUUAAAACUCAGAAGGGAAAAAUAUUUGUUCCAGUUCAGAAAAUUGUUGUUUUUGAAAUUAUUUUUAUGCCUGCUGGAAGCUAUAGAUUCAAGAUUGGGUUCCAUGUAGUAGAUUAUAAAUAAAAGUGAUUUUCUCA